AUGGAUGCUGUUCCUGAUUAUCGAAAAUGGCUUCGAAGUUUGUUGAACAGAAUUGUGAGAAAAGGUGGAGACAGAGAUGAUCAAAAUUUCAAAGAACUUCGCGAGGAAAUCAAAAUUAAUCAAAAUAAAAUGGAAGAGAUUUUCGAAGUUAUUCUAGAAUUUAUUGAUGUAAGUUGAAUUUUUAUUUAUUAAUGAAGCAAUGAAAAACUGUCAAUUUUUAGAGAUCAAACUGUGGUGAUAGAGCAAUCAUUGUUGAAUUUAUUGAUUAUUUUUUCGAAAGAUGUCACAAAUUUCGACAAGAAGUUUUAAACAAAUCGAAGGAAUUAUUGGAAAUUACAUGUGAAACUGAUUUGAAACAUCGUCCAUUGCCAGGAACAAAACAGUCAAGUGGCAAACUGAAGGUAUUUUACAAAUUUUCAAUAUUUAUUGAGAUUUUAUUUUAUCUUUCAGAUUUUGACUAUUGAAAAAAUCAGAAAAUGGCACGAGAAAUUCGGAAAACAUUACCCUAUUCUUGAUCUUGUUGUUGAUUUUUUGAAGUCGUCGAAAAGUUUGAAUUUCGAAUCAAUUAGUUCAGAAAUUGAUCUUGUUCAAAGAAAAAAUGAACUCAUCGAAAAUCGCCGUUCAAAUAUGAAGAAAAUCACUCUAAAUUUGAUGAAAUUCGAAUUCUCCGAAAUUCAAGAAUCCACAAAUCAAAUAAUUGAAUCUCUUGAACAACUCAUCGAAUUCUUGGUUCCAAAAUUCAACAUGAAUCAGGAUUUUUCGAAUAUUCCGUCGACUUCUCAAACAACUUUUGAAGAAGAAGGAAAAGAAGAAAUUGAAAUUUAUCUGAAAGACAUUCAAAAUCCAAAUAUCGAAAUCACAGUGGAAAAUGAUGUUAUUAUUGAAAAUAUAAUGGAAAUGAAAGAUUUGAUUGAAAAAAGACUAGAAAAAUUGAAGAAAACAUCAAAAAGAAUGGCUGAUAUUCCAGACGAUUUUUUAUCUGAAAUUCGAGAUUUGCGUACCAAAAUCAUCAAAAUUCUGCGCAAAGUUGAAGCUCUCAAAUUGAAAUCAACACGAAGAAAAUCACAUAAAUUUGGAAAAGAAAAAGAUGACGAUGAUGAAUUUGAAGAUGUUGAAGAAAUGACUGUUGAUCAAAUAUUAAUGAUACAAUAUUCGGAUAAUUUCGAGCCUGAAAUAAUGGAAAAUGAAGAAAAAGAAGAAGAAGCGGGACCAAGCAAAACUCAAAAUAUUCCAAUUGUACCAUUUGGACUGGAUUUGAAAUAUUGGGGAGAAAAACGAGAUAAGGUUCAAAUUCCGAAAAAUAACUCGGAUUGUCAUCGAUUUUGGAGACCGCCAGAUGAAGAGUGAGUUUUCAUUUUUUUUGAAAAUGAAAAAAAACAAUUCUGAAUUUCCACGUCAUAGUUCACGUGACGCAAUUUCACCAAUUUAUUUUUUAAUUUUCCAUUUUUUUCCAGAAGCAGUGCAGUUGCCCAAGAAUGUGUAUAUACUCAAAGAGUUUUCAAUUUUGUUGGAAAUCAAGAGAAAAGUGACAAAAUAUGUCGAGCACCGAUGAAAAAUGGAAUAUUGUGCCCAAGAAAAGAUUUCAGCAGGUUUGAUUUUUCUAAUUAAUUUUCUGAUUUGUCCUAAUUAAUUAUUUCAGUUGUCCUUUGCAUGGUCGAAUUGUUGAAAGAAAUGAGAAAGGAGAACCAAUAAACAAAAAAGAUCGAGAACUUUUGAAACAAAAAGAAGAAAUUGAACAUAGGAAAGAAGUUGAGAAAUUUAGCCGGAAAAUAGAGGAAAAAAUGAGUUUCGAGAAGGCAAACAAUAAAAGGAGAAGAAAAUAUGAAAAAGAAGAAAUUGGGGAAGAUGAAGAAAUUCGAACACGAUUGAAGAAGAAAUUAUUGGAUCCAAAGACUGUGAAAAGAGUAUCACAAGUUAUUGAUGCAUCAAGAAAAGCAAAAAAUGAAAAACGAUUUGGUCAUCAGUUUUCGCAUAUGUAA